UAGGUUACGGUCGCUCAUGCGCAGAGGCUGCAGAGUAAUUUGUUGAUAUCCUGCUUGGUAGUAUUUCGACUAAAAUUCAAAGCUAGGUUAUACCCCAGGUGAGGGGAUUUGUUUGAAUUAGGAAGUGCAGGUAACUGGAAGAACAGCUAUAUGAAGGGCUGAUGGAAAACGCAAGGGAUUUGGCUGAGCGUACCCCACGUUCAGAUCGUAAGCGACGAGACUCAUUCGGGAUGUUUGAUGGCUAUGACAGCUGCAGCGAGGAGUCCACCAGCAGCUCUAGCUCAGACGACAGUGAGGAUGAGGUGGUACCCUCCAUCCCUGCUAGUCUGCCCAUCAUCAAGAACAAUGGACAAGUCUACACCUACCCUGAUGGAAAGGCUGGAAUGGCCACCUGUGAGAUGUGUGGGAUGGUCGGUGUACGAGAUGCUUUUUACUCCAAAACCAAGCGUUUCUGCAGUGUGUCCUGUUCUAGGAGUUAUUCCUCAAAUUCUAAAAAAGCUAGCAUCUUGGCAAGACUCCAGGGCAAACCACCAACAAAAAAGGCCAAAGUCUUACAGAAACAGCCUCUCAUGGCAAAGUUGGCAGCUUAUGCCCAGUACCAAGCAAGUCAACAGAACCAGGCCAAACUGAAAGCAGUGGUCCCUGGAGAGAGUUUUGACUGGGGGCAGUAUAUCUGUAGCAGUAACACGGUGGGGGCUCCUGUCAGCUGUUUCAAGCAUGCCCCCAUGGGAACAUGUUGGGGAGAUAUUGAAGUAGGUGUGAGGAUUGAAGUGCCCAACUCUGAUACCAACUUCUCCACCAAGGUGUACUGGAUAGCAGAAAUCAUAAAGCUAGCAGGGUUCAAGGCUCUCCUGCGUUAUGAGGGCUUUGACAGUGACACAAGUAAAGACUUCUGGUGUAACCUCUGCAUACCUGAAGUUCACCCUGUGGGAUGGUGUGCUUCAAGUGGCAAACCCCUCGUACCUCCAAAAAGCAUACAACAUAAGUACUCUAACUGGAAAACGUUUCUUGUGAAGCGCCUCACUGGAGCUAAAACACUGCCACCUAACUUUAAUGAUAUGGUACAGGAAAACAUGCAAUUUCCCUUUAAGAAGCUAAUGCGAGUUGAGGUGGUCGAUAAGAACUAUCUCAGCCGGACACGGGUGGCGCUGGUAGAGCAAGUGAUUGGAGGUCGCCUGAGGUUGGUCUAUGAGGAGAGCCAGGGUGGAGCUGAUGACUUCUGGUGCCACAUGUAUAGCCCUCUUAUCCAUAAUAUAGGCUGGUCAAGAAGCAUUGGACACCGCUUCAAACGAUCUGAUAUAACAAGGAAAUUAGAUGGUCAAGUCGAUGCUCCUCCACAGCUCUUCCAGAAGACGAAGGAAGUGGACCAGAGUGGGGACUGGUUCAAAGAUGGGAUGAAGUUAGAAGCCAUUGACCCCCUCAAUCUCUCAGCUAUAUGUGUAGCUACUGUAAGAAAGGUGUUGGCAGAUGGAUAUCUCAUGAUUGGGAUAGAUGGCUCAGAGGCAGUGGAUGGAUCAGACUGGUUCUGCUACCAUGGCACCUCCCCUUCCAUCUUCCCUGUUGGCUUCUGUGAAAUCAAUAACAUUGAACUGACACCCCCUAAAGGGUACACUAAACUCCCAUUCAAAUGGUUUGACUACCUCAGAGAAACAGGUUCAGUAGCUGCUCCUGUCAGGCUCUUUAACAAGGAGGUUCCCAAUCAUGGGUUUCGGCUAGGCAUGAAGCUGGAAGCUGUUGAUCUGAUGGAACCAAGGCUGGUGUGUGUCGCCACGGUGACAAGGAUUGUGCACCGCCUACUGAGGAUCCACUUUGAUGGUUGGGAAGACGAGUAUGAUCAGUGGGUGGACUGCGAGUCGCCUGACCUCUAUCCAGUGGGCUGGUGUCAGCUAACAGGCUACCAGCUCCAACCGCCUGCCUCACAGAGUAACAGAGAAAUGUCCCAGUCUGUUCCCAAGCAGAAGAAAAAGGCCCAGCAGUAUAAAGGCCAAAAGAAAAAGAGGAAGAUUCCUGUUGGUCGACGGCCCUUCAGUCAGGCAGGCAGGAGGAGGAGCAGCUUCUCAGGGGACGAAGAGCAGAGUCCACCCCCUUACCCUGCCCAGGGGCCAGCUCGGCCCAGACCCCGCACCCAUUUCCACCUAACCCACAAAUCAGAGUCUCUCCUGCGAAUGAAAGAGGAGACCGCUGAAGUGGAUGAGUUCACCUUCUCGCAGGGCACCUCAGACCAAGAGAGCAAUGGCUCGGGCAGUUACUACAUUAGACAGGAACCCUGAUGUGACAAAAUCGAGGAGGAGGAAACCACAAAAGGACAUCUCUGGAAACACCGAACCAACAAUCAGGAACGGGGAGAGUCAAACUCACCUGAGAGGAUACUUGAAGAGUGAUGCCACAGGCCACCUGUAAUGUCAGCACAUGAGGGAUACCAUUCCUCAACAUCACUCAAAACAAUUUUCUAACCUUGUAGGGGUGCGUCCACAUAUUCACUCAGAAAGUCCUGUCUAAUCAUGGAAAGCACCCAGAGUCAGGCCUGGGUCAUAGAUGUUUGGGCAUUCUCUUUCUACGACCUGCAGCUUUUUCUCCCUUUCUUUGGCUAUCUGAACCAGAUGAGCUAUCUGGAUGAUUAGCUCAUCUGGUUCAGAUAGCCCAUCCAGCCUCAGCCAUAAUGUGGGCCACAUACAGAGACCUGGAGAAACUGUGACAACCAUUUAUUGAGCCAGGUCUUUAGGUUUUCUCGCGUUUGUUGUAUGGGAGGGGGGGGGGGGGGGGAGUUGUUUUUUUGUUUAAAAAUGUCAGAGUCAGCCAUUUAGCAGCUGGGUGAGCAAAGUAAGGCUGUCAGAAAGAUGAGCAGAGUUGUGUAUAUUUUUGCAGUAUUGCCAGGUGGACUUCAAUUUUAAUAAUAGUACUUGAAUUUUUCCUUAUUUCAUUUUGUUUUGAUUUUCAGGUUGAUUUUUUUUAUGUCCUUUUUUUCACAUUUUGGUGGCUGUUUGAGUAACGUGUUGUUUUAUAAAGUGACUAUAUUCACUAGUAAGUGUAGGCCUAUUCAAAUAGAGCUACACAAAGAGUUCUUACCAUGCUGCUCAGCAUUAAUGAUGGUCUUUCCCACCUUUUGUUCUUUUUCCUUAUAGUAUUGAACAGAAGAUUUCCACAGCUACAUUUAUUCCUCAUUUAGUUAUUACAGAACCAAAAUCUGUUGCUCUUUUUUUUUUUUUUUUUAUUUCGGACUCACCAAAAUGAUGAGUUUGAAAAAGAAAAUAUUGUAAAACUACUUUUAUAAUGGACUCUGUCAAUUUCCUACUAAUCUCAUUAUUAUUAUUAUUAACCUUUGACUAACUUUGCAAUGUUUUAAACUAAGAAGUAUUUUUGAGUCCAUUUGAGAAGCCAAGUUCUUCUUUGACCUUUUAGGGUAGCUUGUCACUUAUUUUUUGUUGGUAGAUUUUCUUUUGUGUAUCCACAUUUACAGGGUUUUCCCACUUUCUGGUGCAGCUUUAUACAAAAACACAUCUUAUGCAGCUGUUGCUUUUUUUAUAUUGACAAACAAAAACACUUUUUUCACAUUCCACUGAGCUUGUAUAGACAAUAUAUAAAAUAUGGACAUGGCUACCAUGAACCAUUGGUUUUCAAUUUUUAACAGUCAACAUUUAAGUUUUGACCCUUUUUGUUUCGUUUCUUGGAGCCAGAAGUGACCAUAAUUGAACAACAGGUGGCUAAGUUACCAGCUAAUGCUAGCUAGGUGGUUAGCAGCCACAUACCGCCUAAUUACUGCUAAUAAAACACUCAGGUUUUCACUCGUCAAGGGUGAAGCACAAACAUCUUGAAUGUUAUGUUCCACCAGCAGGGCUGAUAAUUUGUCAGAUAAAUAGAUGCCAAAAGGCAUCAACAACACAAGUAUAGUCCAGAAGUCUAGUUCAGUGACUCCAGUUAAUGGAGGUGUGGCGUGUUGCCAGCCACACCACAGCUGCCUAUGGUAGUGUGUCUCGCACCACAACUUGGCCAAAUCCAAACAGUAUACUGGGAUAUAAGCACACUUUUUUUUUUUUAAAAUGCUGUAAAGCUGAACAUUGUAUGUAGGGGUUAUGACUUGCUUUUGGAGCUAAGCUUGAGUUUUUGGUCCUGCAGUACCUCUGUGAAUGAGCAGUUGUUGAAGCAGUUAUCACUGGGGUAGCUUCAGAUUCUGUGUGCUGUACUGAUAAAAAAGGAUUACUGAAGCUGUGGAAAUGAAAAUGGCUUUGUUUGGAGAAAAAAAAAAGGUCCACAUUUUGAUGAUAUGAGAAUAUUUCAGAAGAAACAGGAAGUGUAAGUAAGCAGCAGGUCGCAAAGUUUAAAUGAAAAAUCGCACUAUUAUGAUAGGAUAUGAUGACAUAUCCCCAUUUCCCGGCCAUACAAUAUGCUUUGAGCUUUACUCUCUGAUUGUAGCUGCUGUAAAAGAUGAACUUAUCAGAGACUUGUCUUAUCACUUGGUCCCUGGACAUAGUCAUAAUAAUCUUGGUAUUCUGUUAAAGGUUUAUCAAUAUACAUGUCAUGUCCUUUAUCUUUUAAUUUCAGUUGUAAUUUUACCAAAAUCUGCAUCUGCAGUGUGCCACAAUUAUAUUCAAUCUAUUAUUUAAUUUUUUUUUUAAAAAAAUAUGCAACAGAGAAAAUCUUGAAAGAAAAACAAUCUAUUUCCUUAUUCUUAAGUAAUGUAAAGUAUGACAUAAUGAAAUGGGAAUUAUAGAAUUCAUUGAGUAGUAGUAGUAUUAAAUACAUAUGAAUCACUUAAAAAUAAUAAAUGCAUACAAUAGUUUAUUAUGAAAUUACAUUUUAAACACCCCACCAACCCUAAUGUGCUGGAUAAAAAGUUAAGGAGGUAGAUGGCAGAAAUGUAAAUUCACUUCAUGGCUGUUGUUGGUUUAUUCUUUAGUUAAUAGAAUAUGAUUACAUGCUGUAUGUGGCAUACUUGAGACUGCAUACUCCAUUUAGUUUCUGUCACUCAAUAUAGGUGGCUGGACUGCCAUGUUAAGAUAAAGUAGGAGAAUCUACCUUGGUUACAGCAAACUUAUAACCAAACAGGUCUUCAAGUAAUAUGCAAAAUGUUUGUAGGGUUUGUGUGUGUGGGUGUGCGUGCGAGUGAUAAAGCCAUGUAUGCAAGCUAGUUUAUGAUUCAUCUGAGCCACAGAAUGACAGGUUGUUCUUGAUAAUUAAACAAUGCACUGCUUUUCCUAUCGUCUCUGAAGGCAGCAUUCACAUAGCAUAGUGGCAUAAAAACAUAUAUUGUAUGUAAAUACAUAUAUUUAUACUCCAUCACUGUGAUGGAAUCAAACAAAAAAAUCUUCUUUAGCCAGAAAAUGGAAAAGACAACAGACCACCUUUGAUUAUUCUUAGAGCUCGAUUUUUCCAACCGUUUAUCUACUACCUCCUGAUGCUAGCUAUGUUUAGCUAAAGUGAGAGCAUGAAAUAGACUAUUGCAGUGUGUUGGCUUAUGCAAAUGGAAAAAUCAACAACCUGAAAAUAAUCCACUUGAAGGCUAGACUUCAAACGUGAAAUAAUAUUAUUGCAACACAUGAGGAAGUCUUCUAAUUUGAAUGUAAUGCAAUAUUAAUAGAUCCAAUCUUAUUUUGCUAUACUAAGUAAAAUUUAUAGCGCUUGCAAAUGUCACGAUCACUACACUGUUAUCACUAGCAUGUAAGAAAAAUUAACAAUAUGGCGUUGUAUAACUGUGACUUUUAUGGUCAAAGAGUUUAUAAAGAAUGCUCACUUUAUGGCCAAAGGAUGCGUUUAAAUGCAGAGAAUCUGUAAACUUCUCAGUAAAGGUAAACUAACAAUAAGUUUCAGAUUCAAUGAUUCAAUUGAAUGGUUCAAUUCUCAGGAAGUUUUGAUCCUUUGUAAAGGUUGUGUGAAUCAGCAGGGUUUGAAAACCCCAAAGGCAUUUUGAUCUUGUAGAUUUAUUGUAUGGAAGCAAACAAGGUUUUAAAACGACAGAUUUUGAAGCAGGUCGUGAUAUUUGAACGCUGAAACCUCCCCAGAAUUGUGAUUCAGAUUCGUGAUGCCAUAUUUACUUCAUUUUUUAAUUUAUUUCAGAAUUUUCAAGAAACAGAACUGUCAAAACUUACUUCCCAGAAAUUAAAAAUUGAUGUAAAACAUAAAAAUGGAGGGGCAUAAAUUUCUGUUAAUUGACAUACCAGAAAUUUGCAUUUCCAGCAUCAUAAAUGUAUGUAAAUAUU